AGGCAUCUGGCAAGAGGACCGGACCCACCCGCACAUUCAUAUCGUGGGGUUAGAUAUCGUCUUCGUCGGUGACUCUCAGAUUUUUUCUUUUAAUCUAAUCUUUCUUCUAGAGAUAGAUAGAUAAAAAAUAAAGACGAUUGUAUUCUCUUCUUCCAUAUUCUCCGUCAUCAAUCUCCGCGUGUGAUCUCAAUAUCUGGAAUGGACGAGUUUGGUGUUCUAACGGAGCGUUACGGGAUAAAACCCCAAGGUAAAUCCGCUCCCAUGGCUGCCUCCAAGCGUCCUCUCGGUGGUCGUGGUGGUGUUAAUCCCAAAUCGACGUGGAAUAACAAGGUAUCUGGUAACGAAACCGACGAUAUUUUCUUCACCUCGACUUCUACUAACGGGAACGCAUCGAGUUCUAGUGGAUUCAAAGAUUUUGAUGUCUUCAACAAGCCUAAUACCAAGUCUUCCUCUUUUAACCUAAACGACGACGAUUUGAUGUUCUCGCCCAACUUUGGGAGUAGUUCGGAGAUGAAGAAGACAUCUUCUUCUUCUUCUUCAGCGCAGGGUUUGGGUGUUGGUUUUGAUGAUGUUGAUUUGUUUGGUGCCUCCUCUAAAAGCUCUGUUAAUGAUGUUAUAUUGGGGUCCUUCUCCACAAAGCAAGAUGCUGAUGAUUUGCUGGGUGGGUUUGGUCUUGAAUCCAAUACCUGGAACCAGAGUGGUUUUGAUGGACUCAUACCUGGUUUUGGUGCUUCUUCUCACACCACUACCAGCAAGACUACUACUGGAUCAUCUGAUGAUGACCCUUUUGUGGUUCUAGAAUCAACUACCUCUUCGGGUCUCUUCGUGGAUCCACUUGAUGAGUUUGCUGCUUCUGUCAGUUCUCACCCCUCACAGGCUUCUACAAAACUCAAACCUCCGCCUAAACCUACACAAAAAGUAGACAGAGUUAAGAGUUCAGGAUUGUCUUCAAUAGACGAACUUGAAGACUUUGCCAUGGGUGGCACCAUGCGUCGUAGCGCCUCCGCCUCCGACACUACCAGAGAAGCUGAAGAUGCUGGAGCAAAGCAAAAAAAGUUUGUUGUAGAUGACCUUGACUCCUUUUUCAGCUCUAGCAAUCGGUCCAGCAGUGUUCCAAAAUCACGGACAACAACUCAAGCAAAGAAGCCUAAUGGGGUUUCUAGUGCAAAGAAGCCACCUGCUCCUGCAAACCUGGUGGAUGACUUUUCUGCACUUUUUGGAGAGGAUCCUAUAUUUAGAGAAUUUGAGGAGAUCCCAGGGGAAAGCGAUGAACGCAGAAAGGCCAGAUGGGAUCGUGAACAGCGAACCAAGAGCCGUGUGGCACAAGCUGUAGCUGAUAUGAAUGACCGUGAUCACCAAUCUCGGAUUGAACAAGAACAGAGAACUAGGAUUUCUGAGAAUGUUGAUGCUGAGAUAAGGCGUUGGGCAACUGGGAAAGAAGGAAACAUGCGUGCGCUGUUAUCUUCCUUGCAAAUCGUACUCUGGCCUGGAUGUGGUUGGGAGGCUGUUUCUCUGACAGAUUUGAUCACUUCUUCAGCAGUCAAGAAGGUCUACAGAAAGGCAACGCUAUAUGUACAUCCCGAUAAAGUUCAGCAGAAAGGAGCCACCCUCGAACAAAAGUAUAUCGCCGAAAAGGUUUUCGACAUUUUGAAGGAAGCUUGGAACAAGUUCAACAAAGAGGAACUCUCUUAAACCUCCAGAGUCUUUCGUAUCAGAGGUUUGAGAAGAGUUUGUUUCUAGCAAUGGUUGAUUAAGAGGUAGAGGACACUUGAAGAGACUUUGUAGCUGUUUGUUUUUGUUUUCUGUGUGCUCAUCUCUAUACAUAAUUAAUUAGUCUCUGAGUUUCAUGGAGUCUUGUCAUUUUUCCUUUGAACCACAUUUAGAUCUUUAUGUACACCAACCAAAAAAAACACAUGGAGGAUUAUUGUAUAGCCCUAGAAAACAAUAGAGUUUUUCUUAUAAAAAUAUAUAAAUAUCGAAUAUUAUAGCUUGUA